CCAAGAUGUCUUUUUUUAUUGUCAAUUGCAUUUUGUCCUUUACAAAAAUGGCUUCUAUACACCCCAGCGGCCGGUAAAGUGAUUGCAAGUUCCCAGUAUUGCCUGGUGGGGGCAUCGAUAAACACAGCGCGAUGCCGUGAAAGCCAGAGAGGAAAAAGGCCGAACGCCGGGGAAACAAUUCAACGGGUAAUUUUAUAUAAACAAAUAAAAACAACAAUAGGAGUACAAAUACAACUAAUAGCGGCUCCCGGCUCGCAAGAUGGCAGACAUCCGCUGUUCACAGAUCGAGGCUGAACUGUAUUACCUCAUUGCAAGAUUUUUACAGUCUGGACCUUGCAAAAAAUCGGCCCAGGUCUUUGUAGAAGAGCUGGAAGAAUACGAGCUCAUACCGAAACGAUUAGAUUGGGAAUCGAGAGAACAUAAACGAAACUUCGAUGACUGGAUGAAAACCAAUAAGCACAUCCCAGCUGAUUACCUGCUCCGAAUCUGCCAGCGAAUCGGACCCCUCCUGGACAAAGAGCUUCCUCCCAGUGUUCCUGGAGUUCAGACUUUACUGGGGCUCGGGCGACAGUCCCUGCUGCGCACAGCAAAGGGUUGUAGGCACCCAGUAUGGAGCGGCCCUGCAUUUGCAGCUCUACACAGAGGCAGACCGCCAGAACCUCCUCUGAUCUAUGGCAAACCACCAAAUGUUGUGACCAUCAUAGGGGCCCGGCAGACGACUGGCUUUGCCCGCUUCAGCCACAUCGUGCCCUCCUCCACCUAUCAGCACAUGAAGAUGCACCGGAGGAUUCUGGGACAUCUGUCUUCAGUGUACUGUGUGGCCUUCGACCGAACUGGCAAAAGAAUCUUUACGGGUUCGGACGAUUGCCUGGUCAAGAUCUGGGCUACGGAUGACGGCCGGCUCCUCUCGACCCUCCGAGGUCACGCUGCCGAGAUUUCAGACAUGACCGUAAACUACGAGAACACGAUGAUCGCUUCUGCCAGCUGCGACAAAAUCAUCCGCGUGUGGUGCUUGCGGACGUGCGCGCCUGUGGCUGUGCUGCAGGGCCACACGGCGUCCAUCACCUCCAUUCAGUUCUCUCCGGCAACAAAAGGAACAACUCAAUACCUCACAUCCACUGGGGCUGACGGCACGGUCUGCUUCUGGCAGUGGCAGUCCCACAGCAUGAAAUUCAACGAGCGUCCAUUUAAAUUCACAGAGAGGUCCAGACCUGGAGUCCAAAUCUCCUGUUCUUCCUUCAGUUGCGGGGGAAUGUUCCUGGCGACGGGCAGCACGGAUCAUGUGAUCAGGGUCUACUACCUGGGCUCACAGUCUCCUGAGAAAGUGGCUGAGCUUGAGGCACACACGGACAAAGUUGUGGCAGUGCAGUUUUGUAACAACAGCGACAGCCUGCGGUUUGUCAGUGGCAGUAGAGACGGCACUGCACGCAUUUGGCACUACCAGCAGCAGGAGUGGAAGAGCACAGCCCUCGAUAUGACUGCCAAGCUGCCAGGAAGCAAUGUGGUGCCAGGGGAGGACAAGGUGACAAAGCUGAACGUGACGAUGGUGACCUGGGACCGAGCUGACAGCACUGUCAUCACUGCUGUCAACAACUACCUGCUCAAAGUGUGGAACCCAUCUACCGGGCAGCUACUGCACGUUCUCUCGGGGCAUGAUGAUGAGGUAUUUGUGUUGGAAGCCCAUCCCUAUGACUCCAGGAUCAUGCUGUCUGCAGGGCAUGAUGGGAACAUUUUUAUCUGGGACCUGUCCAAGGGCACUAAGAUUCGCAACUACUUCAACAUGAUUGAAGGUCAGGGUCACGGCGCUGUGUUCGACUGUAAGUUCUCCUCUGACGGGCAGCACUUUGUUUGCACCGACUCCCACGGUCACCUGCUCAUAUUCGGGUUUGGCUGCAGCAGGCCCUACGAGAAGAUUCCCGAUCAGAUGUUUUUCCACACGGAUUUCCGGCCCCUGAUCCGAGACUCCAAUAACUACGUGCUGGACGAGCAGACCCAGCAGGCACCGCACCUGAUGCCCCCGCCCUUCCUAGUGGACGUUGAUGGAAACCCCCACCCGACACUCUAUCAGCGCCUAGUGCCUGGGAGGGAGAACUGCAACGAAGAGCAGCUCAUCCCACAGCUGGGUUACCUGGCCAACGGUGACGGUGAGGUGGUGGAGCAGGUGAUUGGCCAGCAGACAGCCGCACAGCCGGAGGAGAGCCCUCUGGACGGGCUGAUUCGACAGCUACAGCAGGAGCACAACCAGAGGGAGGAGCCUGCCGAGCAGGACCAGGGAGAGGAGCCUGGAGACAGCCACCCCGGGGACCCGAGAAGCCCGGCUUUGAUGGGCUCCCCUCCUAAUGUGGGUCUGAGGCGCAGCGGGCAGAUAGAGGGGGUCCGGCAGAUGCACAACAACGCCCCCCGCAGUCAGAUGGCAACCGAGAGGGACCUGAUGGCCUGGAGUCGCAGGGUAGUGGUGAACGAGAUGCAACCAGGGGUCAGCAGGGUCAUGGAGGAGUGUCGGGCAGCAAAGGGAGAGGCUGAGUACACUCUGUAUGCUUUGGAGAGGCGGAAGAAACCAUCCCACUCAGUGCAGAGGAGCGAGCAGCAGGUUGGCAGCUUGCGCUCCCUGAGACGGACACAGCGCAAGCGGCAGCACGCUUACCAGACCCGCUCCGCCAUAGACCACCCCCCACUGGACAGAGCGCAGAAUUCCCAGUCGGAUGAGGAAUCGGAAAGCUCCCCAGAGCAGGACGACGAGGUUUUGGACGCCAGUAAUGUCUCUUCAGAUGAGGGAGAGCCGGAGUGGCAGAGUGACAGCAGCUCCAGCGACUCCUCCAGCGAGUACUCGGACUGGACGGCGGAUGCAGGGAUCAACCUGCAGCCUCCGAAGAGGCAGACGAGGCAGGCCGUGAGGAGGGUCCGCAGCAGCUCGGAGGAGGAGGACGAGGACCACGGCAAGGAGAGGAAGAGGCCGGAGAAGCGCAAGAAACCCAAACAGACCAAACGGAAGAAGCCGAAUGAGUCGCUGGCAAUGGCUGGAGACACGGGCGAUGAGUGGCUGCCCCCGCAAUGGAUCAUGGACACCAUUCCACGCAGGUCUCCCUUUGUGCCACAGAUGGGAGAUGAGGUGAUCUAUUUCCGCCAGGGUCAUGAAGCCUAUGUGAGAGCAGUGCGCAGGUCCAAAUCCUACAGCAUCAACCCCCAGAAACAGCCGUGGAACAAAAUGGAUCUCCGGGACCAAGAAUCUGUGAAAGUUGUCGGGAUCAAAUAUGAAGUGGGACCGCCUACACUGUGCUGCCUGAAGCUGGCGUUUCUUGAUCCAGUCUCUGGAAAGAUGACCGGGGAGUCCUUCUCUUUAAAGUAUCACGACAUGCCAGAUGUUAUUGACUUCUUAGUUCUGCAGCAGUUUUACAAUGAGGCGAAGGAACAGAACUGGCAGUGUGGGACCAAGUUCCGCAGUAUUAUCGAUGAUGCCUGGUGGUUCGGGACAGUGGAGAGUCAGCAGCCCUUCCAGCAGGAGUAUCCAGACAGCCUGUUCCAGUGCUACACUGUCCAGUGGGAUAACGGCGAGCGGGAGAAAAUGAGUCCCUGGGACAUGGAUCCCAUUCCAGAUGAAGCGCCGUUGCCAGAUGCAGUGGGGGAUGGGGUGCCAGUCACGGAGGAGGAGCUGAAGGCCCUGCUCUACAGCCCUCAGGAAGGGGAGUGGGGGGCUCGCACCCGUGACGAGGAGUGUGAGAGGGUCCUCCGGGGCAUUGAUGAUCUCCUCACCCUCGACAUCGCUAAGGCCUUCACUUCCCCGGUGGACCUGCGUGACUACCCUCUCUACUGCACGGUGGUUGCCUACCCCACAGACCUCGGCACGAUCAGGAAGAGACUGGAGAAUCAAUUUUACAGGCGGAUCUCUGCUCUGAUGUGGGAGGUGAGGUACAUUGAACACAACAGCAGGACCUUCAACGAGCCCGAGAGCCCCAUUGUCGCCUCGGCCAAGAUCGUCACUGAUGUGCUGCUCCGAUUCAUAGGGGACCAAAGCUGCAUGGACAUCCUGGAACUUUAUAAUAAAGUGAAGACGGAGCUGAGCAGUGCAGACGAGGAGGAAGAGGAGGCCGAUGUGGAUGUAGACUCUGAUACUCCGGGGACCUCUACUGGACAAAAGUCUACGCCGAAGUACUCAAAGAGGCAGAUCUCCCGGCUGGACGUGGGUGCCUGGAAGGAGCAGUGCCAAGAGCUGCUGAACCGAAUGUUUGAGAGGGAGGACUCCGAACCGUUCAGACAGCCUGUUGACCUCUUUGCCUAUCCGGAUUACCGGGAUAUUAUCGACACACCGGUGGAUCUGAGCGUGGUCUCGGAGACGCUGGCUGCAGGGAACUAUGAGAACCCCAUGGAGUUCAGCAAGGACGUGAGGCUGAUCUUCAGCAACUCCAAGGCCUACACUCCCAACAAGAAGUCCAGGAUCUACAGCAUGACUCUCAGUCUGUCUGCCUCCUUUGAGAACCAGAUCCUGCCCAUCAUCUCUGACUACAAGUCCGCAGUGCAGGGGCAGAGGCGCAGCCGGCAGAGGAUGAGUUACCGCAAGAGACUGAAGAGCAGCAGCAGCUCCCCCUCCACCAGCCAAGCCUCCAGUCCGAAAGGAAAGCACAAGCAAGCCAGGACCCAGCCUAAAUCAACCCCAAAUACCUCAUUGUCUCUAACCAGGACCAGUUCCACAAGGUCAUCUCAAGCUUCAGAAACGACAGAGGACCCAAGCCGCUCUGUGAUGGGUGAAGAUGAAAAUGAAGAUGAAGACAGCCAGCCUUCCUCAACGAGCUCUAUCACUGCCAGCAGAAGUGGAGGAGCCGGGGCCGAGCGGGUGACAAGAAGCCGCGCCACCCCUAGCAAGCGAGUUCCCUCUCCCAAUGGACCAUUGACCAAUGGGGGAAACUGGCCCCUUUGUGCCUCCGCCAAGAGAAAGCUGGCAGUGGACUCUGACACUUCAGACAUUGAGAAGCCUGAGGGAACAGAAUCCAGCUUGUCCACUUCUUCGUUGUCAUCGUCAUCCUCCUCCUCCUCUUCCUCCUCCUCUUCCUCAGGCAGCUCGAGUUCUGGGAGCAGCAGCAGCAGCGAGGGCUCAGAGUCAGACCAGGAAUUCAUCGACGGAGGAGAUCAUGACUACAGCAAGGCCAUCCGCCCCCGCCUCACCCGCAAAACCAAGAAGGCAGCCAGGCCUGUCUCUGCAAACUUGAAGAAAAAGAAGAGAGAGCCAGCGCGGGGCAGGCAGGCAAGUCGAAGGAAAAGGCCCCGGCUAAUGGAGGAUGAAGAGGAGCAGGAAGGGGGUGAGGAGGAGGAGGAGGAGGAGCAGGAACUGGAACUGGAAAAGGUGAGGGGAACCCGCAAGUCAGCUGUCAAAGAGUCCAGGAUUAAUACCCGCAACCAGGGCAGGAGAACCGUAUUGUACAAUGACGACUCGGAGGACGACACCUCUGUGCCAGCGGAGGACCCCCUCAACCUGGGCAUGUCCCGCUCUGGCAGGGUGCGCAAGAUGACUGAGAAGGCUCGGGUUAGCCAUCUCAUGGGCUGGAAUCACUGAUCUUCUUUUUUUGUGUUUUGUUAGAUUUUUAGUUUUUUUAAAGAAAGAGACACUUUAAACUAUUUAAUGAAUUUUUACUGCAGGGAUUUUUUUUCUAAACGUACAGUUUUUAUACAGGCAUGCGUGGGGCGGGGAGGGAGUGGGAGUUUUUACUCAAAUUGACAGUGGUGCUCUAAAUCUCUUGCCAAUGAUGCACUUCUUUUAAAUACAACACUCCACGAGCCUUACUCGCUAGGGCCUUUAAAUGCACUGAACACAUCUCCCUCCCCCUCCCUCCCUCUCAAAACAUUUCCAUAAACUCUCGCUACCAAACCAGCUUCUGUUUUUUGACACAAAAGAAUCGUGGAUACCAAAAAAAACAAUCGAUAUUGUCUUGUUUAAAGAGUAAGGGAGGUAUCUGGAGCGGUGGAGGUUGUUAAGAAUACUGGCUGAUUUGUUUUGCUAUAAGGGAUUUCUGGAUACCCUCCUCCCCAUUGUGGGACACAAUUAUUGGCCAGUUGGCCUUAUCUCAUAGGGCCUUAACGGAUCUGCCACAUUUCUAGCUAAGAAAUAUUUUCAUGAGUUUUUUUAAAUGAUCCAUUUCCCUGUGUCAUGUUGUUUUCAUCACCAAACCCCUCCUUGCAGGUGCAUCUCUUCUAAACUGAGCAGCCCUAUGGUAAAGAGGGCCACACGUCGUUCGACGUCAUCUGGAAUGAAACGGCACUUUUUUGUUAUUACAUUUUUUAAAAUUUUUUUUUUGGUAUAAUGUUGCUUUGCCAUGGCUUCAACAAUGAGUAAUAAUGAAUGCACAAUAAUAACAAUCUUUUGAGGCAACUGUAAAACUAAACCGAAGCAAAAGAGUGGCUGCCAUUGAAUUCAUGUUGAAUGGAUUGACUUUAUUAACAACCUGAUGUUUUUUGCCUGCUUUUUUGGGGUGGAUCAGGAGUUUCUAAAUCUCAUCACUUUACAGACAAGUAACAAACCAUGGUUGGUGUCUGCAUAAGCCUGAAACCUACAGUGUGUAUAUUUUAAAAAGUGAAGGGAUGCAUACAUAAAGUUGUAUCCUGUUCAAAGACACACAUGAAAUAUCUCAAAACAAAUGGUGCCAACUCCAGAUCUGUUAAACUUCUACAGGGCUUUUUAUAUGUAUUUUAAAUUAUUUCUUUCCUGAAGCAUUAACUAAAAAAUGAAUGACCAGUUCUAUUGUACAAAUAUGUAUGGUUUUGCAGCGUUUUCCAUAAUAUACACCAUCCAUGUUGAUUAGAAGGGCAAACCAUAAAACAGCAGAUAGCUAUGCUACCUAACUGUAGCAGGAUACUGUAAUCCGUGUAGCAGAACAGAACUCCAUGUUCUAGGUACUAAAUCUACUUGACACAGCUUAUGAGCAGGACUCUACUUAACUGGUAGCAAAAACAAGGUGCGUAAUCUGUAUAGGUCUACCUGUACAUCUAUGAUCAAAAAAAAAGUUUACUGUAUUUUUCUAUCUGUCUAAAUCUGGAAAGAUUGAGAGCUGCCUAUACAUGUAAACUCCUACUAGGAUGUAUGUGAGCUUUUAAUAAUUGCGUGUGUGUAGCUAACUGUCUUUAAUGAGUGACUAGAUGCAAGGCUGCUUAAAAUCCAUUUCCAGAUGUUUUUAUAGUAGUACAGAUGUGCAGAAAAUAGUGAACAUAAAGGUGCAAUAUUAAUAUUUGGACUCCAGGUGGUACCAUGUGCUAGAUGCAGUAUGUAGUAUGACUGUUCACAAUGUGUUUUAUGUUUUUAUUUAUUUAAAAAUAUAUAUUCCUGGAUCACCGUUGAUUUUGAGCAGAUCUGCUUGUAGGAAGGCGGGGGGUAGACCUGUGCUUUGAGCACGUCGGACCAACUGUGAAGCUGUGUAUUCUAGUGAGUCUGUAGCUGGUUUAGCAUGUGAAAAGUAGUCUGAAUGCUGUGUAGUAGGAGACGUGGAAUACUCUAGAUCAGGGUGUGCUAGAACAAUCUAGAUGUUUCCUUGAUGGUAGGUUGGUGGUCAGUAUGUUUACAGAAUCCAUGAACUAGCAGGCUUCUGCUUGUUUUGUUAUUUGUGUGUACAUAACGUCUUUUUGUAAAGCUGUUUUUUUUUUCUUCUUUAUUACAGCAUCAUUGAUGGUGUUGCUUUGAUCAGUGUGUCUUUGUUUCAUUUUUAAAUUGGUGGUGCUAGGUAAUUUAUUGAUCAGGGAAAGUGCUAAAGAUUUCCAAACUUUUUUCUUUUUUCUUUGUUUAAUUUGUCUGCAAUGCAAAUGGGGUCUAAGACAGAUUUUUCGGUCUUCUGUAAUUAGUAAUAUUAAGCCUUUCUAGCCGACAGUGUUAACUGCAGUAGGAAAUUGCCAAAGUUUUUUUUUCUCCAAUAAAGUAAAAGCAUUAUGUUUUUGCUACUAUGACGUAUUCAUGUAGCACCAUAGAAUUGUAGCAUUAGAUCAUGUUUUGCUUUCGGCUGACAAAUUGAUGGAUAAGAGUUUGCCUCCGUGUGACUCAACAUUUAAACCACUUUCUUACGGCUGGUUCAAAUUAGUGGUGCUAUUAUCAGUAUUACCCUUGUGUAGCUAUUCACAAAGGGAUAUUGUUUGGCUAAACAUAGUUUGUAUAGAGGGCCUUUCCACCAAGCUGGGCUGAGCAAUACUGAAGCUUCCUAGCUUGCCAAGAACACCAGAGUAAAUAACCUAUAUGACAAGCAGAGCCAAAUCUGAGCAUUGACACCUGUAUAAGCACUGCACAGCACUCGCAUACAGCCCUGGAGAGCUAACCAUUCAAACAGGGUCUGACAUCACACCCGACCCAAUCCCACAGAGAACCUGUCAGUCUGAGUGCUAGGAUUACUGACCACUAAAAAAAAAAUAAUACAAGGGAGUGUGAAAUGUUAGCUAGGAACGCCUUGUUACUUGACAUUGUUGAAUACUGUGGGUUUCAUUCUUGUUUUAAAACAAACUGUCGGGUAUGUGCUGGACAAAGCCCAUUUUGUGGUGCCUGAAUCUACCGAUGGCUGUGUCAAACUCGCCAUUCCUCUCCCCCUUUAAUUAUACAUGAAAAGUACAAAAUGCCUUAUUUAGUAUUACCCUUAUGAGCCAAUUUGUACAUAGUAGUGCAUAGGCUACAUGAGUUACCUAAAUCUACCAUAGCUCGAUUCUUAAGAUGGCGUUUUAUAGUACUAAAUAAAAACCUGUUCUUGGCAUGUAUAAAAGUAAAUGGAGGGUGAAUGCAUUGGAACCCUUUCUACACCUUUCUGUGGUAAUAAAUAAAGCUCUGGUUUGAUGGGGAUAAUUCCUUGGGGCUUUCCAUGUGCAUUACAGUCUAAGCAGGUGCUGCUUUAAAGGCUGUGAUUGGCUUCUGCCAAUUCAUUUACAUAGCUAUGCCUUUGUUUCUUUAAUGUGUUUCCAUCACCCUGCAAUAUUGCUCAAUCUGGGAUUUUACGCUUUGCCAGCACUUGCCACAGUGCAGCUGUGAGAUUCCGAGUUAAAAUUGACAUCAUUUGCAUGUUCAUGUCUUGCGUGUGCCAGCGUCAUUUGCGCGGAUGGAAUGCAUGCUGCUAGUUUCCCCUUGUAUAGGGCAGCAUGGCGGUAUACUGCAGAUCGAAACUAGCCAUUCAGAAGUUGAAGGGAUUGCAUGGUAUUCCAGUCCAUAGAAGCUUUAGAUCAUACAAUGAAAUGGAAGUGUAUGAAGAAUAGGCUUGAUCACUGAUGUCCAGAGGUGAGAAGGUUUGUUUUGUGUUUUGAUUUUUGUUGCCUCCCGCUCCCUGUCAAUGUUCAGGUUUACAGACGUGUAGUUUUCCCUCUAGGUGUAUUCAAGCGGGCUGAUUUAUGUGUGAAUGACGGGACAGCGAUGCGCCAAAUCCUUCUCCUUGACCAUCUCAGGACCCUUUCAUAUAAAAGUUCAGGGAAUCUUUGAAUUGCCGACGGCAGACCAAAUGUAAUAUUUAUAUGCAAUGAGAUGCCUGUGGCUUUUAGUUUUGUUUGUUUUUUACUGUACAGAUAAAGGAAAUGACAUGUACAUUUUUGUAAAGUUUUCAUUUUGAUAGAGGUUCUGAUUCUAAAAUGUGUGUAUUAUGUACUUUGUAGUUGUUUUUUCAUUUUCACUGGUAGGCUAAUAAAAUUGUGAACCCAUCUUUUACAA